AAAUUACUAAUCACAUUGUUUAGAUCAAGUGCACAUUUUUGAGACCUCGGUUGUUAUCUUUUACUCUCAUUUUCUCUCUCAAAAUGGCUUCAUCUUUGCUUUGUCUUGUUUUCGUAUUCGUCUUGAUAAGCUGCAGUGAUUAUUUUGCUUCUUCAAUCAAUGCUACUGUGCUUGACGGACUUCUCCCAAAUGGAAACUUUGAACAAGGACCAAAGCCAUCAGACUUAAAGGGUACAGUAAUCAAAGGAAAAUACUCCCUCCCAAAAUGGGUGAAGAAGGGCUUAGUAGAGUACAUAUCAGGUGGACCUCAACCGGGUGGCUUCUUCUUCGCGGUUCCACGAGGUGUCCACGCUAUAAGGCUAGGGAAUGAGGCCUCUGUACAUCAAUAUGUGAGAGUUAAGAAAGGGUCAUAUUACUCCCUUACCUUUAGUGCAACAAGAACUUGUGCCCUAGAUGAGGUCUUAGGUGUUUCAGCUUCUAAUGACUCCGCGGAUUUACCCAUCCAAACGUUGUAUAGUAGCAAUGGAGGAGAUACUUAUGCUUGGGCUUUCAAGGCCACUUCUCAAAUUGUUAAGGUUGCAUUUCAUAACCCGGGUAAGGAAGAAGACCCUGAAUGUGGACCGCUUUUAGAUGCCAUUGCAAUCAAAGAGAUGGCGCCACUUCCUAAACCCAUAGGAAACAUGGUGAAAAAUGGAGACUUUGAAAUCGGUCCACAUGUGUUCAAAAAUUUCUCAACAGGAGUCCUCCUCCUUCCACAUGCCCAUGAUUAUAUCACUCCACUUCCUGGUUGGAUUAUUGAAUCACUAAAACCAGUCAAGUACAUUGAUUCAACAUAUUUCUUUGUGCCCUCAAGAUCCUUUGCUGUCGAAUUAGUAGGAGGAAGAGAGAGCGCGAUAGCUCAAAUCAUAAGAACGGUACAAGAUCAAUUCUACCUCCUCACCUUCAAAAUCGGAGAUGCCAAAAAUGGAUGCAAUGGACCUAUGCUAGUGGAAGCAUUUGCGGCCAAAGAUACAGUUAAAGUUAAUUAUGAAUCCAAGGGAAAGGGUGGUUUCACUUCUGCAAGUCUUAAAUUUAAGGCAAUCUCAGAUAGAACUAGAUUAACCUUUUGGAGUUCUUAUUAUCACAACACAGUUGAUUUUAGUCACAUGUGUGGUCCUGUCUUGGACGAUGUUAGGGUUGUGCCCCUUCACUAACUACUAGGGACGAAAGGAAUAUUACGUAUCAUUAAAGAUUAUUUUGUCAGUGAUUAUUAUAAAUGGAAUAAUAUGUUAUAGGGAUUAAAGCUAGAUUAUUUUGUAUGCCGCGAUUUCUAUACAAGGAAAUUUAAGACAUCAUGGUCUUAUCAAAGCAUGUAUUAUGAAAUGAAUUUAUAUAAGAUAUAGUAU